AUGUCACGCCUUUCGUCCCUGUUGAUUCUUGUUUGCAUCGGAGCUCUUCUAGUCGAGACAUUCGCCGCUCCUGACGAGCCAAUUAUCGUCCGUUCAAAGCGUCAGCAAUGUCGCUGUGUCAAGAAUCCAAACGGUGGACUUACAUGCAGUUGCGCCAAGGGACCAGCUAAUGGAGCAUCCGGAUCGUCCUCAUCUGUCGGUAAUGGUGUCCAAUACGAUGUUCCUCAAUCAGCUGAUAUCGCCAAUCAGUUGACUCAGAUGUCUCAACAGACAACUGGAAUGAAUGCUGCUCGUUGUGGAUGUAUCCAGAUUGUGUUCCAAGGAGCACCUCAAUACAAUUGUCAAUGUGGAGAUCAGAAUGGAAACCCACUCCCAACAUCCACCACAAUGGCUCCAACCACAACCUCCACCACCACAACCACCACAACCACCACCCCAUCCCCAACCACAACUACAUCCACCACUACACAGGCGCCAGUUUCCUAUCCUCAAGUGCCAACUCAAACUCAGGGAAAUAAUGGUGCUUGCAACUGCAUCAUGAUCAGUAUCACCAGUCCACAAACUGCUCAAUACCAAUGUCAGUGUGCUCAACCACAACAGCAACAACAACAACAGCACAUCAUCGUGGACUACGAAGACCCGACAGUCGAAUACGGAUCCCAAACCGCCAUCCCAGGAACUCUACCAGCACCAAAUACCACUCCAGUUCCACCAACCACCACCACAUCAUCCACAACCACAUCGACCACAACACCAACUCCACAACAGUAUCCACAUCAGAAUCCAUCAAUGUUCACUCAGUCACCACCUACCGUAUACCCAGCCAUCGGACAGUUGGCCACUGGACAAGAGACAUGUUACUGUCUUGAUCCAACCACUAGUGUCAUGUCUGGAUGUGGUUGUCGGUGUAAUUGUGCCACGUUGAUGGUUACUGUACCUAAUGCGUAUUGUGGAUGCCCACAACCAGGACAACAACAGAUGCAAUACGCUGAUACCUACGACUACACUCAAGUCUACUCUACCCAGGCUCCAACGACCACCACAACUGCCCCAACCACUACCCAAACUCCACCAACCCAACCACCAACCACUACCAGUCCGAUCCAAUAUGCUGACACUACUGCAACCCAAUACCCAUUGACAACCACAUGUGUGAUGUAUGUCAAUGUUCCAACGACCGCAUGCUCAUGCCUUCCACAAUACGAUCAGUGUGCUCAGAAUGUUUGCUGUUUGAAGGCAAAAUACAGGAGUUACAAGAAAGCCGAAGAAACCCAACCAUCGACCCUCGACGUGCUCAUGAACGUUCUCCAGACAAUCAAAACGAAACUCGAAUAG